AAGAGAAAAAAGUAUCAACCAUAAACCCUAAUGUGAUUCCCGCUUCCCCGCGUACACGAUUCAACUCUGAAAACAAAUCUCCGGUCAUCGCACAGCAAAAUAAAUCUGCUGAAAAACCCUUUCCUACUCUCCUGUUGGUUAAGCAACUCCGCCGUAGUUCAAACAUGACAAUCAUGUUAUGCCCCAAUCUGUUUGAUAUACACCCAUUCCAUUCUCACAAACAGUUGGUUAAGCUUCCAUUUCAUUCUCGCACUUCUUUGUCAAGCCUUGCCAUUACCAAUGCGCAUACGCAGAGCCUCUUUUCACACUUUGCUUCCAACAAACUUAACAUGUCUGAGGCUGACAUCACUCGGAUUUUCAGAUUGGUCCCCCAUUUGCAGAAUCUUCGAACCCUUCACAGCGUUGAGCAGUGUAUUCAUUAUUUGAAGAAGCGCGGCUGCAGUGACGUCCAAAUUGCCAAUAUGAUGAGGAAUCAGCCCUCAUUGAUCACCAGUUCAGAAAAAAAAUUGGAACCCAAGAUCAGGCUGCUGGAAGAUUUCGGUUUUGAGGGUCGAAACCUGACGAAGCUUGUGACGGUCAAUCCAAGCAUCUUGUCUCUGAGCCUCGAGAAAAAUCUUCUUCCCAAAAUGAUGUUCCUCAAGAGCAUAUUUGAGCCCGAGGACGUGCUCGUUAAAGCCACGUUAAAAGCACCAUAUCUUAUCGGUCAUAACCUGGAGAACGUCCUGAAGCCCUCGCUUGCUUUCUGGGAGGGAUUUGGUUUAAGCAGGGCGGAACUCUCUAAAUUCUUACAGUUGUCUCCGAAAGUACUGUCACGCAGUUCUCUAAUGCCUGCAGAAGUUGUUCUCAUCGAGAACAUUGGCCUUGAUAAAGGAAGCAAAAUGUUCAAAUAUAUUUUAAGUGCAGUGAUUCUUGGCCGCAUGGAAACGUUGGAGGCCAGGAUAGAGAAUCUCAAAUUCUGGGGUCUCUCAGCCGAGGAAAUCUGGCGAAUAUUUAGGGUUGCUCCUCUAGUCUUAAGUUUCUCCAAGGAAACUAUUGGUGAGAAGAUGAAUUUUGUAGUUAAUCAUUUGGAGGUUCCUGCAAAUUCUGUAGUGAAGCACCCUGUCUUGUUGCAAAAAAGUUUAGAACGGUCUAUGAGGCCCAGGUUUCUGGUUUGGCAGAAAAUCGAGUCCACCACUGACCUCAGUCUUUCUAUUAUCAAGGUAUUGAAGAUGACGGAGGAAAGGUUUAUCAAGAUUAUAGAAGAGCAUCCUGACUCUGAAACCCUGUGGACAAUUUAUGAAAAUGCCGUUUCUGAUGCUCCCAAUGAUACAAAGAGAUCAAGCAGAUUGAGACUGUGAGAGUCAGGAAUCCAAAACCACAGAAAACUUGUUUAGCUAGUCUUUGGCAGAGGCGUUCCCCAUCUAGAUGUUGGCUGUGAGCAUUUUACUUUCCUGGAGGCACCAUAUUCAACGUCAGGAGCGACAAUGUUAUUUCCUCUGCCGUUUGUUCUGUGUGUAAUUACUCUUCAAGCGAGGGAUUCUGCCAACUCUCCUCUGGUCUAUAUACAUGCACCGAUGCACGUAAUGCAGUUUCAUAAGCAUUUAAACAUGACAAUCAUUUUUGUUUUCUGCUAUGAAAAAAUCCAGUGCCUAACUUCAAGAUUGCAAUAAUGGAGGAUUUGCUUUCCCACAACAAAAUAUUGGGAAAUCACUGCCUCAGGGAAUAACUGCCUCAGGGAAUAAUUAUAGACAAUUGGAGAGAGGAAAUGAUGGAGGCCUUUGACACUGAUGAAAUCCACAUAUGUUUUCAGGUGCUGGUGGUGUUAGCAAUCAUUACUGUAGAUCUCUUCCAAGCAAUUUAUAGUGAUAAGUUUGCAUUUACAGGAAUUUUGAUUGUAAAUAUAAUGGUCAAUGGAAAGAAUGUUGACAUUGAAGCAUGUUUCUAAUGGCGGUCAAGAUUCAAACUCCAUUGGACACCGUAAUGUAUGAAACAAUUAUUCAAUUAUGUUGUCGUGAGUAUGUUUAAACCUUCUCGUUUGCAUGAUAAUCAAACAAUGAAAUUAUUGUUUGUUUACGUUUGGAUGACACUAAAUGGCCAACCAGGCCAACCAGGCCAACCAUU